GGGAAAGUACUUAAAAUUUUGUAAAUAUUUUAAAUUAAUAUUCUGUUUAUUUCUAAACUCUCAUAAAAAAAAGUAUUAACAGAACACAAAGAGCAAACUGCAUGUCUAAAUUGUCUCAAUCAUCUCUUUAUUAAAGGAUCAUGGAAGCUACAGAAGUUAUUAUUCCUUCAUCAUUAUUGAAACCAGUACCAGAAUCUACCACAUCUAAUAUCCUAGUUGAAAUUGGAUCCUCACCUUGCCCUUGGGGUCAAGUGAAAGUGAUCGAAACAAUCUCUUUGAAUGAUGUAAUGAGUGAACAGCUUGCAAAGUCACUCAUAAAAGAAGAUGAAAUUCCACAUAUUCAAGAAGAUUGUGUCUUUACUGAAGAUUUGAAUUGCUGUGCUGAAAUAACUGAUUGCAGUGAUGAUUUUCUUCUCGCAAAAAUGCUCCAACAAGAAUACGAUAAAGAACUUGAUUCUAUUUUAAAACAAGAAGAAAUGAAGUUUAAUCAAAAAAGAAAAGUAAAAAUUUCGUAUGGUAAAUAUCGACGAUGCUCACAAGAUAGUGUUUCAUCAGAUGAAGAGGAGGAUAAAGAAUAUUUCUUAGAGCAAAGUGCAAAAAAACAUUGGCAGAACUUUGAGCAAGCUGAGAAAGCUUUACAAGCUGUGGGUAAAAGUGGUGUGUCGAGGCAAGGAAAUACAACUACUACAAAACAUGAUCCUACCCUUUCCGGCAGAAGAAAUGCUGGAAAAUUAAUGGAGCUGUGUCCUGAAAUAUCUACAGGUGAUGGUGGAAUGUUUGACAUGAAGCUUUCUAAUAAUGUGUAUAAUACUUUAAAAGUUCAUUCAACAACAGAAGAAAAAAGGAGAAACAAAAUUCAUGAGAAGAAAGAUAAAUCAACUGCAGAAAAAGCUUUGGACGAGAAAACACACCUCAUUCUAUACAAACUUGUUAAUAAUCAAACUUUGGAUUCGCUCAGUGGCUGCAUCAGUGUUGGAAAAGAAGCUUGUGUUUAUCAUGCAUGGAGUGGUCUGCCAGAAGAAGAAUCAGUCUCAACAGAAUUUGCCAUAAAAGUUUUUAAAACGACACUGAAUGAAUUCCAGAACCGGGACCAAUACAUCAGAGAUGAUCAUCGUUUUAGAUAUCGUUUUGGAAAGCAAAACCCAAGAAAAGUAAUUCACAUGUGGGCUGAAAAAGAAAUGAGAAACUUGCAAAGGAUGAGACAAGCUGAUCUUCCUUGUCCUGAAGUUAUUGCUUUGAAAAAGCAUGUUUUAGUCAUGUCUUUUAUUGGGAAGGAAAGGUUACCAGCUCCUAAACUGAAAGAUGUUGAUUUGCCUUUUGCUGACAUGACCAUUUUGUAUGAGCAGACUUUGGAAAUUAUGUGCAAUUUAUAUACCAAGUGCAAACUGAUUCAUGCUGAUUUGAGUGAAUAUAAUUUAUUGUGGCAUGAUGACAAAGUGUGGGUAAUUGAUGUUAGCCAAGCUGUUGAAAUCACUCAUCCCCUUGCUCAGGAAUUUCUACUGAGAGAUUGUACAAAUAUUACAUCAUUCUUUGAAAAAAAAGGUGUAUUGAAUGUCCAUUCAGCUGAAAGUUUAUUUUCUGAAGUAUGUGGCCAUCCACCAAAAGUAUAUGGGACAUCUGAUGCCAAAGUAUCCCAAACUGUGCCUUCUGAAAACUAGGUGUAUUUAUUUUCUUCAAAAUCAGUGUUAUCUUUUGGAGUGAUGAAGUAAAAAGCUUUGAUUUAGGUGGAAAAUGUCAACUUUCUGUAACUUUCCACUUCUCAAUAAAUAAUGUUAAUAUGUA